GGAAAGGGAGAGCAACAACAACAGGAGCAAGUUACUGCUGGCUUUCACCCACACAUGUUUUAGAGGAUCAGGACUGCUCAGCACCUCCAGGAGCAAGAGGGAUUUCGAACAAGAAUAAUUGACAAGAGGAUGGUCCCAUGGUUUAAGAAGCAUUUUCCAGACACUGUGUGUGGCAGUCGGUGCAGUAAAUGCCACAGUCAAGCCAUUGCCAUAAUGACCAGCGUGACUCCACACCAAUCACCUUUGUGCUCCUGUCCCACUCGUUCCAGGAGCCUUAACAGGAGCAUCCUAUACCCCUGUCCAAGGGGUGCCUUGAGACUCUUGAGCUGCCUAAACGUUUGGCUAACCUUAUGCUUGUUUCCAAGAACCUGCAUAUCAAAUCCUUCCAAACCUAACUUUUUACUGAUACUGGCUGAUGAUCUUGGUAUUGGAGAUGUGGGUUGCUAUGGCAAUGAUACAAUAAGGACCCCUAACAUUGAUGGCCUGGCAAAGGAGGGAGUGAGACUUACUCAGCACAUUGCUGCAGCAGCUGUCUGUACUCCAAGCAGAGCCGCUUUCCUGACUGGCAGAUACCCUAUCAGAUCAGGCAUGGCAUCUAGCACUCAGCGGCAGGUUCUCUUCUGGAACGGGGGUUCUGGGGGGCUCCCACCAAAUGAAACUACUUUUGCCAGAAUACUCUACCAGCAGGGUUAUUCUACAGCACUUGUAGGGAAGUGGCAUAUGGGUGUGAACUGCAAAACCCACCGUGAUCACUGCCACCAUCCUUUAAAUCAUGGGUUUGAUUAUUUUUAUGGUAUGCCUUUUACCCUUGUGAAUGAGUGUCAAGGCACAGACGACCCUGAAUUGGCCAAGUCUUUGCAAGAUACGUAUUGGUUUUACACUCAGAUGAUCAUCCUUGCAGUAUUUACUCUUGUGAUUGGAAAACUUGCCAAUUUAUUCCCAGUAAAAUGGAAAAUAAUCAUCUGUCUGGCUAUCUGUGGUCUCCUUCAUUUCAUCUCCUGGUUCUCCAGCUAUGGUUUCACCAAGUACUGGAACUGUAUCCUGAUGAGAAACCACGAUAUCACUGAACAACCAAUGAACCUACAAAAAACUACUUCUAAUAUGCUGAAGGAGGCAAUUACAUUCAUUGAAAGAAACAAGCAUAGACCAUUUCUUCUCUUUGUUUCCCUUUUACAUGUUCACACCCCUCUCAUUACCACAGAGAAGUUUCAGGGCAGAAGCAGGCAUGGGCUGUAUGGUGAUAACGUAGAGGAGAUGGACUGGAUGGUGGGCAGGCUUCUGGAUGUUAUUGACAAAGAGGACUUGAAGAAUACCACAUUCAUUUAUUUUGGAUCUGAUCAUGGAGGAUUCUUAGAGGCUCACAGAGGAAAUUCUCAGUUGGGUGGAUGGAAUGGGAUAUAUAAAGGUGGAAAAGGAAUGGGAGGCUGGGAAGGAGGAAUCCGUGUUCCAGGUAUAGUUAGAUGGCCAGGAGUGUUGCCUGCAGGCACAGUUAUCAAUGAACCUACAAGCCUUAUGGACAUCUAUCCUACAGUAGUGCAACUGGCUGGAGGGGCAGUGCCUCAGGACAGGGUCGUGGAUGGGCACACCUUGCUGCCCCUGCUGCAGGGGACAGUGCAGCACUCUGGGCACGAGUUCCUGUUCCACUACUGCGGUGUGUUUCUGCAUGCAGUGCGCUGGCACCAGAAGGACAGUGGCACUGUAUGGAAAGCUCAUUAUGCUACACCAGUAUUUCAACCAGAAGGCUCCGGGGCCUGUUUCAGAAGAGGAAUUUGUCCAUGUUUUGGGGAUGGUGUAACCCAUCAUGACCCUCCACUGCUGUUCAAUCUCUCGCAAGAUCCGUCUGAGGCAAAUCCUCUAUCAGCUGACACUGAGCCCUUGUUUGACGCUGUAACGAGGAGAAUAAGAAGAGCUGUGGAAGAGCAUCGCAAGACACUGACUCCAGUCCCACAACAGCUGUCUCCUUACAAUAAUAUAUGGAAGCCAUGGCUGCAGCCAUGCUGUGGGAUGUUCCCAUUCUGUUGGUGCCAUGAAGAAAAUAACAAAGAAGAUAGCGUAGUUUAACACCACAAUCAAAAUAUGGUUAGCUUUAAAGAAAUCGAUAAUUUUUCACAUUCACGUGACUACAGUCAUAGAGAGAUUAAAGGUUAAAUUACACUGGAAUAACUGAAAGGGACAUCAGUGGUUGUUUUUGUUCAACCUUUUCUCUUACUCAUGGUAAUUUAGUAAGCCUGUGGUUUAAAAAAAAAAAAUCGGGUCAUCUGUGUAAUCUACCCCUCAAGUGAAUAAUUCAGGAUUAAAUACCAAGUAAAUGAAAGAAUAUUUCUUUCCUUACUGAUUUUCAAUUCAAACAAAUGAUAACUGAUAAGAAAGCAAAUUUUUAAUAGCAGAUCUUUGUAUGUGAAAUAUGCUUGUUAAGACAACAGGACUGAGCCCAAGAGUGUAUUCCUAUUCAAGCCUUAUCUUUUUUAAUGAAAAAAACCUUUUGCACAAAAAUGAAAGGAUGAUGACAAUGCAAAAAUAAUGAAAAGUAAAAUUGCACAUUUAAUUUGGAAAUAUACCAAAAUUCAUUGGCCUCUCAGAAAUAAACACCUACUAAUUUACAGAAAUUUUUUGCUUCAUCAUCUGUACAUUCAUCUAUUAUGUAAGAAUUCUCAGGGAAAACUGAACUGACAAGUAUGUUUUAAAAAUUAGAUAGCCAAAGUUAGCAUCUCAGGAUCAGUACCAAAGUACCUAGCUAUUCUGAAAUGUUAAACCACAACACUUCCUACUGACGUGUUUUCCAUGCAGUUGUCUCACUUGUGAGAGCACUGAAAAUCAUUACCCCGCUGUCUUGUGAGGAUUGCGAAAUUUGUGACCUGUCUGUGAGACCAAUUCAUAAGUCUGCAGGUCCCACCUGAAUGCUUCUGAUUUCAUAGGAGUGCCAUUAUGCCUGCUGAAAAACGUGCUUUGUUUUGUGAAAAAGCACAUUGUUUUCAGUAGGAGGUGUUAAAAAAAAUUCACCUCACAAACUAAUCGCUUCUGUGUUCAGGUUAUCUUCUCCAAGAUAACCUGUCAGCACUCUCUACAGUCAUUAGAGAAAGAGAGGGAAUUAAAAUAUCUAAUCCUCUCUUGCUGCCCUUAGAUUAAAUAAAUUAAUCUCUCAAGAUACAAUCCUAACCAUACUCUUGCAGGGUUUUUGUGUCAAAUCAGAUUUUCAAAUGGAGGCUUCUGUAAUUUUUCCUCACCAAAAAAGUGUAUUGUGGGCACGAGACUCAGAUUCAAACUACUCAGUCUUCCUGAACAUGGUAUAUUCAAUUCCUGCUAUAAAGCUAAAGGUCACCCAGGUUUUAAAAAGUAACAAGGGAUGGUAAGAGCUGCAGAGCAGGGACUUCAGGUGACUUGUUUACUUAAAGCUUGCUGUCUUGAGGAGCCGCACCACUGCAGCUCUAUUCAGUACCAAGGCUGCCUGUGUGUCAUUUUUUGCCUUUUAGAAGCAGGAAGAGACAAGAAGGCCCAUAGCAGGUCACUCUCUCUUCUCCUGAGGUGCCACAGCAGGUCCUUUUCACCAACUUCAGGACAGAAGAGAGUGUAUGCCUGGACUAUGCACCCAUUGCAGUGUUUCAGAGAACCUCCUGACUUACACCUCCAGUGUGCUAGGUCAGGGCUGUGGUGAGUCGCUGCUGUUUAAGCAGCAUGGUGGUCACCAUGAUACAGGCCCAAGUGCAAGUCUCCAAAAAGCUGACCAGGCAUUUCUUCAGGUUACUUCCCAUUUCACCUUUUCUCUAAAAUGUCACCAAGAAAGUUAAUGUGGAAAACAUUCCACAUAAAUCAAAGGACACGCAUGAUAAUGAACUGCUUGGAUGCCUCAAUGUCACAUUUGACAGAAGUAUCUAAAAAUAUGUUUGUUCUCACUUCUUGACAGCAUUUAAAUCCACGCCAUCAUUGAUACAAACUUGCCAGAUUUGAUAUUUUUCUAUGGGGGGAUUGAAACCAGAGCCCCUGCAUUUCACUGGAUUUGUGCAGGGAGAAAAGAGCAUAGGAGGGUAGGACAAAUCGUACUGCUCAGUGGGGAACAAAGGCAAAAGCUGUCAAGCCAGUCAGUUCAGUAGCAUCUACAUUAUCAAUUAAGUACAAGGAUAAGUUUUUUCUCAGUUCACUUCACUGGCUUUCCCACUCACCCCCUCCACUCAUUAGGUUAGAUAGCAGGAAAAAGUUUUUCACACAGAAAGUAGUUGAGCACUGGGACAGGUUCCCCAUGGAAGUGGUCACAGCAUGAAGCCUGCCUGAGUUCAAAAGAAUUUGGAUAAUGCUCUCAGGCACAUGGCAUGAUUCUUGGGAUGUCCUGCUCAGGGCCAGGACGUAGACUCAGUGAUCCUGCUGGGUCCCUUCCAACUCAGCACGUUCUAUGACUUACACACAAGACCAUGCCCAGUCCCACACUAGACCAUGAUGAAAGCAUUUGCCAGGGGAUGGGAAAGGUGUUCAAGCACCCACUCAGCAUGCAAGCAUAGAUCCAAACUUCAGGAAGCCAGACUAGGAAGGCCGGUACUUCAGCAAGACGCUGAACUCCAUCUCUAAACACAAUGUGAAAAAAUCACCCUAAAUGUAAACAUUAAACAUUUGUCUAACACUUCAUUCCUCUGAAAGUUAAUUUUGCUGAACUGCUGUAGAGAGUCAGAUGCUAGGGAGUCACAUAUCCACGUUGCCUUUCUGACAUCUAAACACAGAUAAUUUUAUCUUGGCUGGCAUCUGUGGAAAACCAGAGGCGCUUUCAGGCAGGAUGAGGAAAAAUUAGGGCUGGCAGCAUGGAGAACCAGCUUUUGUCAACUGUUAAGAGACCUCAACCAGGCACAGGGAAAUGUGCUUUUCCCACACUGAGAGGGAGAGGGCAGACACUGCACACAGAGGAUCUGCAGGCGACAAGAAGAGCAAAGUAAUGGGAAAUUUCUGACUAAGAUGCACAUCACUUCAAAAAACAGGGGGUCAGGAGAGAUGACUAUUUGCGGUCCUAAGUUCCUUUCACUGUCUAAAGCUAAGUAUAUCUUAAAAGGUACAAAUUUUGAGGAGAGAGUGGUAAGCAUGAAAAGGAGGUUAAUUGUUUCACCUGUUUCAUGCAGAUCCUAGCCAUGGAGUUGUUGCAGAUCGUUAUAUACACUUUAAUUGAGAACAUGUAAGUUCUGCACAAGCUGUUCUUCUGAUCUUCUGGCAACUGUAUAUUCCCCAUAAAGCAGAUGAACCCAACAUCACACUCGAGUUGUCCUCAUGAAUCCUUUCACAUAAAAUGCAUUAAUAGGCAAAAAAGCUGUCACAGAACCUUCUUGGAGUAAGAAACUCAUUAGAGUUCCAUAGGUUUCCUUGAAAAAUCAUCUAUAAUGAUGAUUUGAAAAAUAUAUUAAUAUAAGAAUAAAGCCUAAAUCGUAUGCAUUCUCCCUUCUUUUCUCAUGGUUUCUCCCUUUGAAGCAAAGCACAAGAACUACAUGAAAGGGCCUUCUGGGAAAACCUGAGACCAACUGGCCAAUCUCCAAGCCAUUGUUAGCCAUACCAGAAUGUGCCUACAAUACAGACACCAUAGAGAGGGAACUAUUACUCUGUAACAAAUGAAGUUUGUUUUACUGAAAGAGCUGUGGUUGUACUGUGUAAAUGUUUGACAUUCAUGUUGUAUGAAGCCGACUUCCGCUUAACUCAUUUGAUCAUUAUUAAAUGACAUUUGGAAUUGUUGCAUUA